AUGUUUGUCAGUCAACGGAUGACUUCUGCCGGGUCGCAUACCAAAAUUACUGUGCGUCGUGUUCGUGUCCUCGAUCAGAUUCUUCGGUCGAUCUCUUCGUCAGAGGCAGAACGGAAAAGUAGAUUCGGCUGCUUCGUCGAUCAUGCAUUUGAAGGUGUGCCGAUGGCUGGAGCCACUAGAGGCUGGGAUCUGGGAAGCGGGUUGAAAUAUAAGCUGACGACGACCUUGUUGUUCAGCGAGGCAGCCCCGUCGAAAUCCAGCGGGGACGUUGGCUUCCGAUUAACCAGCGAAUUGGACGUGACCGCCGUCUGGCAGAGACCGGACGAUCCGAGUAGUUUCUUGCUGAAGAUCCAGUUUCUGCAACCGCAACUAUGGAUUAAGUCCCGAAGAGCUCCGGAACCUGAAGGAUUUGUCGAACACUCCUCCAGAAUAAACACGCUAGCAGAGAGCCCUUUCUUGAUAGUCUGGAGAAACGGCGAGGUACAUUCGAUCUUCAUGGAUACUGUAGAGAGCCUCUCUUCGGCGAACAUUAAACGCGGCGUGGCGAGUUUGUUGCAAUAUAGAGUGUUUGAUAAUGACAUUGAAGAACGAGAUGCUUCCGGUCUCUGCUUUGUAACGUACCAUUCCCUGGGGCCGAAAACAGUAGGGAAACGGAAAACAUCCUGCGAACAAAGUACUCUACCACCAAAGAAACGACACUCGAAUCCGUUGUUGAGCGUGAAGCUCGCGAGUACUCGAAAUUCAACAUAUGAGCUCACGCAACAGCUUUUGCCUAGCUUCAUUUGCGAUGAGGAGAGACAUCGAAUGUCACUGAAUGUCAAAUCGGAAGUAGGUACUAUCAUUACAUCGAAAAGGACACUGGAAUUGCUGCCUGGCACACUCAGCACGAAAACUGUGCUAGCUGAUACCUUGCAACAAGCUGUCGCUGCUGUACAAUUUAGAUUUAGAGAAACGAGCAUCGAGCUGCAAUUGGAACCAUUCUCGUGUCCUGAUAACGGAUGUCCGACGAUCGAACAAACUAUCGAGGAGUAUCGCAGCAGCUUGGAGAACAAUGCUAUGGGUACAGUGAAAUCUGCCUCAGCGUUUCUCAAAUUAGUACCUCUAGUGAAAUCAGCCAGUCCAGAUGAACUAUUGAAGCUUCUAAAGAGUCCACGAUAUCGUCAACUAAAACUUCAGCUAUUGGACAUUUUUGGUGCGGCUUCAACUGUAGCAAGUCAUCAAGCAGCCAUGAAAGUUCUCCGACAAGACGAAAUAGGAGACGAGACCGAAAGAUACUUUUGGGCUCUCUCCUUGUCGCCAACGCCAAACGCAGACAUCGCCAGAAAUAUUCUCAAGCGAUCGGAAGAAACAAAUCCGAACGAUAAAGUGGCAGAAACGAUAGCUUUAACCGCAGCAGCGAUUGCACGCCACUUAGAGUCUUUAGGUGCUAUCGAGAAGACAAGAGAAAGCUUAGAAAUCGGUCUCGAUAGUUGCACAGGUGAAGAAUGCAAAUUGAGAUUCCUCAGGGCUCUGAGAAAUUUAAAAACCAAGACUGCGAUCCCGACCCUGUUAAAAUUCGCAACGAGCGAGAAUAAAGCUCUCAAUAUUGCCGCUUGGAAGGCUUUAGCAGAGCUACCGAAAGAUUCAUUAACUCCUGAAGUAAUAACAGCAGCGAACCAAGUGUUUUACGAGAUAGGCGGACCCAGGAGAGACAGUAGUUCCAGAACUAUAGCCUUGGAUAUUAUUCUAAAAAUGAAUCCAACGGAAGAAGAUAUUAGAUACUUGGUGAAAUAUUUAGCAAGCACAGAUCCUGCCUAUGAGGUUCGGAAGUAUCUCAGUCAACGAUUAGAACAAUUCUCUGAGAAGGAUCCUGAAUUUGCUAAUAAACUGAAUAAAGUUUUGAGUGUCAGUGGAAUAGAUAUCAUUAAUUACAACGUAUAUGCGCAGAAAGGUCUUAGCACAGCGUUCGUGAGAAAUUUUUUAAGAUCAAUAGAUAAUAAUGGAUCCUUGGUAACCGUCCAAGAGAUUCAUUCAGGCUUACUGAAGCGUGGAACAGUCGACGUAGUUCUCCAAGUUGAGAAUCAUGAAGAAGCGUUAUUCUCUCUUGGUCUGUUUGCUGGAGGUUUAGGAAGCUUCGUUUCGACUUCCAAUCAGGAAGAGGAUACUCAAGAUGACGAACCAGCUACCGCGGGAAUGGAGCUCGAUUUCUUAGGCGUCGGUAUUAGACCUUUCGUUUUCUUCUCCGGUCAAGGGGAACUCAUGGGACAUGUCUGGUCUGGGACAGCGUCCGAACGAACUCCAGCAUAUCAGGCUCUGGCUACUCUCCAUAAUUACAACGAAUACAUUCCAUUGGCUUCAGGAAUUAUAGCGGAAGUCGAUGUCCAGGGUGCAGUUAGUUUCGAUUUGGCUGGACAGAUCCAGCUGAGCUUAUGGUCUAGAAACGCUCAGUCGCUGGUGGAUCUAAAGGCUGGCAUCAUGAUCCAGGGAGGAACAAAGGUACGAUCCGACUUCGUGCAAAGCAUGGCUGAGUUCUCCAUGACGAUGGAACCAAAAUUAGAGCUGGCUACCGACGUGGAUUUCUCUGGACCAGUGGCUCUGUGCAUGAGACUUAGCCAACCAGAGAACGUGGUAAAGUACCAAAUGUACAAGGUGGAAAGAAUACCCGGAAGUAGACAUAAGCUGAGAAAAACUAGGAGAAUGAGACUGUACAGUCCUGGAAGAUCUUAUCUGUUAAACAGGAAGAACAACGAGAUGUGUUCGAAGAUGUUCAAUUAA